AUGGAGGACGAUAAGAAGAAGAAAAAGAAGAACAAGAAGAAGAAGAACAAGCAGGCUGAGACCACAGACAACGUUCCGGUUUCCGGUAAUGACCAAGUUUCGAAGGACGCCGCCGACGACGGUCGUUUAGACGAUGUCCCGGUUACGGGUGACGGCCAAGUUCCAGAGGCCGUCGCCGAUGUUUGUUCAGAUGCUAUACAAGACGCAGAUGCGAAUGGGAAUAGGCUUGAGAGCAAUGGCACGGAAUGUUCGUUAGCUGAAUCUGAGAAACAACAUUGGCUCCAAAGAGAGACUACCUUAGAAGAAACAAUCAAACAAUUACAAAAGGAAACGGACUUGCACAUACAGAAAGAGGCUACCUUAGAGGAUACUAUUAAACAGUUACGAAAUGAAAAUGAUUCACAUAUACAGAAAGAGGCUACCUUAGAAGAUUUCAUAAAACAAUUGCGGCAUGAAAAUGAUUCACAUAUACAGAAAGAGGCCGACCAACAGAAGGAAAUUGUACAAUUACAGAGUGAAAAAGAUUCAUGGCUUCAAAAAGAGGUUGGAUUAGAGGAGAAAAUUGGUCGAUUAGUAGAUGAAAAGGCUACUUUGGAUUCAAAAGAGUCAAGCUUACAGGAAAAGAUUAAACAUCUAGAGAGAGAUAGAGAUACUUGGAUUCUAAAGGAGGAUUCGUUUAAAGAAAUGGUAGCAAUUCUGAAUGAUGAUGUUGCUAAGUUACGAGCACAGGUGUUGGAAUUGGAGCAAUCCAGGGAUAAUGUUGUCCAAGAAAAUCAACAGCUGAUGGAAAACUCCUCUAGUCUGCAGUUGCAAAUUAAGAAUCUUGAGAGUGUCUCCUCUACUCCCUCAUCAGACGAACUUGCAAAGCAUGCUUUGGAACGUGAGGAUUUGAACUCUCAGGUUGAAGCAGCAUGUGCACUGGUUGAGAAACUAAUGGCAGAAAAUGCAGAGCUUGUUGAAAAGGUGAAUGAGUUGCAUGUUGAACUUGACCGGCAGAGUGCAACAGUUAAGCUCACUUCAACAAAAACAUCUAAUAUAACAAUUGCCCCUCCUGAAACUGCCAGUGUCAUCGAUCUCAUGUCCAGAUCCAAUGAGGAUAUGUCUACAUCAGACCAGAAGCUUGAUUCCCCAGAAGUUGCUCCAAUCAAACAGGAGAUGCAUAGUAAUGGUAGCGUGGAUUCUCAGCAUGUUGCUUUUGUUCCAGAAUUGCCAAUAUCUGAUGAAAUUAGUGAAAUAGUGCAAAUUCCAUUGGAUGAGAAUGAAGUCCGGAAUCUAGAGUUGUCAGUUGAGACUGAUAAAAAUGAUGCUGUGCCGCUUAUAGAUGCUCCCCUUAUUGGUGCGCCUUUCCGGUUAAUGUCAUUUGUCGCUAGAUAUGUGAGCGGUGCUGAUUUGGUUAACCAAGCUCCUACUAACUCUAGUCAUUAG